AUGGGAGAGAUGCUCUUCUCUGUGACCCUCCAUCACCUCCUUCUGGCAGAGGUUUGUCUCUGCGUCUACAGCACCCCAGUCCCGCCCCUCCAUGACUACGCACCCUCCACACAGGACAGUGGCUGUGAUGGACAAGCUGGAGAGCCAAUGGAGGGAGAGCCCUGUUUAACACCAGCAACACCUGCCAGUGUCAUAUCAACAAGUGUCCAAUCUGGGCCCUCUGAUCCUGGCAGACUGUCCUAUGGGAUGGCAGAACACAUGACUGGCAGCUGGACUGACCUAUCAGAGAAUGUAGGAGCAGUGGGAGGCACUGGCCCAGAUGUGGACGGAAGCGAACCAGGGGGGAUAGAGCCAGUGACGCAGGUAGGAAACAGGGACAGUCAUGGACGAGGAGUGGCUGGGGCUGAGAGCCAGGGGAGGGAGGCUAAGACGGGGGCUGCCUCUGAGAGCUUGUUUGAGGGGAAGGAGACUCACAGACAGCCUGCAGAAGCUCCAGAACUCUACACAGACAAAGAGAUGAGAGAAGGGCCCGAAGAGAAAACCAUGGAGAAUGUACCUAUUACCACCACUGGGGCAAUGUUAGCUUCCAUAGGAGAGAAGCAGGGGGUGACAGUGGCCAUGAAUACAUCUAGAGCUGCUUUACAUGAUGCCUCCGCAGCAGCCAGAGCCCCAGAGCCAGACAGCCAGUCAGGGACGCACCCAGCUGGGGAGAGGAGAGACCUCAUCCUAGAAGAGAGGCCAGACCUCCAUGGAGGAGAGGAGGGGGAACUCAGACAGAGCUUGACCGACGUCGGAGCUCCUCUUCUGGGCCAGGAGACAGAGAUGACCAGACCAAGCUCCUUAUCUCCCCAAAGCAUCCUUAAACAUUCACCUUUGACCUCCAUCCCUCCGUCAGUAUGGGGAUCCAGAGGAGAAGCUUCAUUGCUGCCCCCUAGUGGUCUAGAGGCCACCGGCUCUGCCACUCCGUGGCACCAAGAUGGAGAGACAGCGCCUGCUCUCUCAAACCCCUCCCUGGCCGACCUUGGACCGGCCCUGACAGGAUCCUCCAGACAGGAUGACCCUGACAGCCUCUGGACUGAACCACUGCAGCGAAAUGAGGCCAUGGAUGCCAGUGCCCCUCCCUUGCAGGACGCGGCCACAGAGGGCACGAUGUCCUCGGAGGACCUCCCCCUCAUCUUCGAGCCCUUUGAUGUCACACCCGAAGGGGCGGGGGUAGCAGCGGCCACUCUCUCGCCUGACAACUCACAGCCGUCUGUCGCCAUGGUUACCACGGGGAUGCUGCUGUCAGAGGCGGAUCUCGACCAGGUGGUCACUGCGGAUACAGAUGACACAGGGCCAUCCCGUGUCCCAUCCCCAGUGCUACCAGAUUGGACGUCGCCAUGGCAGACAUCCGGGGCUGAGAUCGCUGAGCCCAUCAGCCCCUCUGGUUCACCCAUAGACCCGCCCCCUUCAGAGGCAGAACAGCUAGUACACCAGUCUGACACAGAUGGCGGUGAGACCACACAGAACCCAGAGGAAACCCCGCCAACAUCCGAACCCAAUCCUAUAAGCACCACCUCCCAGCAGAUCACCAAGACAACCAAACUGCCUGCAGCCAAAUCAGGUCUGGAGGAACUGGAGUCUGAAGCAACCUUGACUCGUAUGGAGUUGCACCGCAUUCAGCUAAAUUCCCCUGAUGGAACCGCAGGGUAUGUGUCUGGGAUGUUGGCCCCGGUGGGCAUUGGCAUCGCAGGGGCCCUGCUUAUCGUUGGGGCCCUCUACAGCAUCAGGAUGAUCCACCGUAAGAGGAACAGCUUCAAACACCAGCGCAGGAGGAAGCAACCCAGGGAGCCAAGCAGCAACGGGCAGGACCAAGCCAUGCUAUUGGCUGACAGCUCCGAGGACGAGUUCUGA